UUGAAUCAGUCCAGAUACCGACACGCUGUCUCCCUGCUAGCCACUCUCUGUGAGUAACAGGCAGCAGCAGGUCCUCCAGUUGCAAUGCAGGAGGCUCGCUAGAAGACAGUUCGAGAGGGAUUUUCACGAGAGCACAAGCCACUUUUGGGGUCCCACUCCUCCUGCGCAAUAACUCUGCAGCAGCAAAUGGCAGACACAGAGAAGAAGAGGCCCCUGAUCGCUGCCCGUGAGAGAGGUCCAGGUCCUGGUAGAUAUGGGUUACCCCCAACCAUCGGCUUCAUCGGCCAUGAUUUCACGAGAGCCACCGGCCCGGCAUACUCCUUUCACGGGAGGAUGAGUAACGCAAUGUACUUUGUGGAUUCGAGCCCCGGACCCCGGUAUUACAUUGAUGCCAAAGUGACCCGCUUUGGAAGAGACGGCACCCCAGCGUACUCAAUGCUGGGCAGAAUCAGAGACUCCUCUGCUUUCCAGACCCCAGGACCGGGGGCUUACAGCCCUGAAAAUGCCCUUCACCUGAACAGACAACAAAGGCCUCCAUCUUACACCAUGGGCUCUCGUACGAGGUACCGCACGACGGACACGGUGCCAGCGCCCAACAAGUACACCCUGCCUGUCCUGCUGGGGUCCAGAGUGCCCACCAAGCCCGCCAGCGCCAGCUACACAGUGUCAGGUCGCACUAAAUCAGGGGGCUACUCGGAGGACCUGUCUCGUACCCCAGGCCCAGGCAGGUACAACAGCACGGACCCCAGCACCUAUCUCCCCAGACAGCCGGCGUUUUCUAUGCUGGGCCGCUACGAGUUGCCUUCCGAUGCCACCAAGAAGCCAGGGCCCGGAACCCACAGCCCGGAGAAGGUCACGGUCCACAGGCCUCGGCCGCCUGCCUACUCCCUCGGGGUCCGGCAUUCCGAGUUCGUGACCCCACUCGUUAUCGGCACGUCCGAUUUAGAAAUGCCGAUUUAAAAAGGCACGGAGUUACUUAAUCUCUUUCCUCCAGUGCAAAUGUUUUUUUUUCUUCAAUAUUGUUUCUAUACAACUAAGCUUUCAUUGCUAACAAGUAAGAAACUUUAAAGGUGCAAAUUGGAGCCUGAAUGAAUUAAUAAAUGGUCUGUGAAUCUAAUCCUAUAAAUUCUUGACAGCAGAGCAGCUAAUAAUGUACCUCGUUUGGUUCCAUGCUUUAGGCUGACCACAAUAUUCUGCCACGUCAUUUGUGUGAUGGAUCCUCUAAUGCCUGCCAAAUAGCAGAGUUUCCAUUGCCUGAGCCAUGUUCUGAAAAACGGCGGGCAGUGCAAACGGACCAUAUGCAAGAGCUGAAAAUCCAAUGACAAAAAGGCUUUAAUUGGCAAAAAGGCAGAUUAUAUUGCAGGGGGGGGGGGGGGUUAUGUGCUGCAGCCAGCCUCUUAGCAUGUCUUUCACUUAGGACACGAAUACAUCUGCUCUUUACACAAAACUUAAUAGAGUACUUGAAAGGGUUUCUGCUAAGCAAGUCAGCUGCAAAAAAGACCAAGGACAUCAAAUUAUUAUUUGUCCAGCUUAUGUAGAUCAACUUUAUUGUUCAUGGAGCCUUGGAACUGCAUCAGAUCUCAACAUGCACAUUUAUAUACCAAGAACAAUACAUAUACAAUAGCACAAGUGUCAAUUACAGUAAGAGAAGCGUCUAAAAGCAAAUUAUAUAUACACACACAUGUAUGGAAAACAUUCACUGCAAUUAUAUACUUCAAAUAGAGUGUACAUUGAGCUUAUCUAAAGGCCAGCUACUCAAGAAGCAUUGCUUUUAGCAGCCUUUCCUGUCCAUAUACUCAACCCCUUUUAGCUAACUUUCAGAAGAGUACAAUGCAAAUACUCAAGUUUACACAUUAGAUUGCAAAUACAGUGGAAAAGCAUUUGAGCACCCAUUUGAAAAUAUCAGAACUGCGGGGAACAACAACAAACAUGAAUCUAUUGUACAGCAUAAAAAAAUAAAAAAAAAACAAUUGAAAUUGUGGGAGAGUGAAGAAGAGAAACACCAAGAGAUACAACUAACAAAAAGAAUCCUGCACAGUAUUCACAGAAUACAACACAUGAAACCUCAGAAUCAGGGAUCCAGGUCUGACGGGGGGAAAAACUUUUGGAAAAGUUGCAUUUAAAACCGAAAGGUGUGGAAACCACAUCUAAAGAUCUGAUCCUACAAGUGUGCAUCAGUGCCCAUGUAUCACCAUGUGUUGUACACACUUUCUUUGAUAAGAUCAGUUUAAUUAAAUUGCUUUGAACAUUUACUGUCACUGUAUUCCAUGCGUGUGCACCAUAACCCCCCUUUUUUAUUUUAAAUAUUCUAAAAACAUACUUAAGAAAAACAAAAAACAAGGGAGUCGUUCUAGCCCUCUUCACCAAUGGAUGAUUAGCACAAACACCACAUUUUUCAUUUAAAAUGCUCAACUUUCAGCAAAUUGACAGUCAAUGAGCACAUUCCUUAUAUAUAUAUAUGUGCAGAGCCUUCUAUUAGGGGAAAAUAUACAUUCAGACCUCCUCCUGAAUUCCAGUGUUUAAAUUAUACCAGAAACUGUCUGGUUUGACUUUUGAAAUGCCCUUCAUUUUCAACCAAUUAGGCAAAGAAGCAUUUUAGCUUUUUUUUUUUU